AUGCGUUCUGGGAUGACGAUCAAAUCGCCGCAAAGAAGUUUACAAAGCAGGAAGAUCAGCCAACUAAGCGGACUGGCCAACGAAGCGAUGGAUUUAGCAACAGGAACAAGGACAAGAGUAAGUCGUACCCACAAGGGGACGCUGUGGCAGGAGAGAACUACACCAAGUUCACCAUCCCCAUACAUCAAAUCUUAG